GGAUCUUAACUAUUGAGUUUAAUACUAGAAUAAUAAUUCUCAAUCUAAAUUACAUAAUCAUUUACCAUUACAUCCAAUAUAAAAUAGCAAGAAAUUUUUCAUAAUAAAAACUGAGAAUAACAAUAUUAAUGAGAAUUGUGAUAGUCAAGCAUCCAAAUGAUUAAUUAUUGACCUCUGGCUUAAACCAAGUAUAAUGUAAAUAGGGGAAGAUGGGAUAUUUUGGAAUGAUUUGUUAUUUGAAGGUCAAAACAAAUUUACAAAAUUAAUAAUCCUCUAAGUUUACAUUGUGAUAAGUUCAAAAGAUAAGAUUGAAGGUGUCAAACGAAAAACUAACGUUAAAGAACAACUCGAAUUUAAUUAUCAGUUUUAAGAAAGAUUCAAGGCUGGUAAAAAUUUAGUUUAUGAAAUUGAAUGGCCAAAAAAAUAAAAAAUAAAUACUUGGAUUUAUACAAAAGCAAGGAGGUAAUUUAUCUUGUUAAGCAUAAAAAUUUUUUGAUGGUACUGUUUAGAGAAGAAGGAUAAAAUCUAUGAUUAUAAAAUAUUGAAAGAAGUGGAA